AUGAUCCUCUCUCGACGACCGAAAGAUGAUGAUGCAAAGGACGGAUUCACCAACUGGCCGUUCAUGACCACUCACACUUGGGGUGAGAACCCCAUUGGAAAGUGGAAGCUCAUUGCUAGGUUCCAGGGACCGGGCAAACAUCGUGGAACGCUGAAGAAAUUCUCGUUGAUGCUGCACGGCACGAAAGAACCUCCAUAUGCGGGAAUUGAGCCCCUACUCGGCCAUGUGAACUCGAAAUUGCAAGUGGUACAAACUGCGCAUAAAAGAAUCUCGCCCUGA